AUGUCGAAACACAGCUCGUACCAGUCGUACGGUAGCCCCCGUAUGCCCGCAGAAGACUCGUUCAAUCCCUACGAAAAGGCAAAACGCCAAUCGGUGCUCGAGCAGCAGCGUCGUGAAAUGUUCCAGAGGUACAACUCACCCAAGAUCAUCAUCAAAGACGACCCAGUGGUACCAUCGUACCCCAUAGUGGAACUGAACAAGAAGAACGCCCACUAUCACCUCAAAAUAGUUGUGGUAGGUGACGGUGGUUGCGGAAAGACCUGCCUUCUUGUCAGUUAUGCCCAGAACAAGUUCCCUGAAAUCUACGUCCCAACCAUUUUCGAGAAUUAUGUCACCAUUGUGCAGGCUCCCAACAAUAAGCUCAUUGAAUUGGCCCUCUGGGAUACUGCCGGACAAGAGGAAUACGACCGGUUGAGGCCUCUUCUGUAUCCCGACGUCGACGUUUUGCUCGUAUGUUUUGCCCUUGACAACCUUGUAUCGCUACAGAACAUCAAAGAUACGUGGUUUCCCGAAGUGAGUCACUUUUGUCCCGGUGUACCCAUAGUGUUGGUGGGAACCAAGGCAGAUCUUCCCUCACAAAUCGAUCCCGAUCUUCCUAUCCAGCUAGCCACCGAGAUCAAUGCAGUGGGAUACAUCCAAUGCUCGGCCAAGACUAUGUUCAACAUCAAAAUGGUGUUUAACUUCGCGCUCAACCAGUUCCAGAAACAGGUUGAAAUGCAAGAGCAGGUGGAGAAAUCGGCCGGCUCCAGGAAAAGGCUCUCCCGGGUGUUGCACGGGUCGUCAUUGGGAGGUUCAUACGGCUCCAACAACCUCCAUUCUAGAAACGUUUCCUCCACCUCCAAACGGGGACACCUCAAGUCCGACUCGGCAGCGUUAUUGGACUCACCAUUGAUGGAGGACAACUUCACCCAAAAUCCCUACGGGAACUUUCAGGGCGAGUCCAAGUAUAACGAGGAGGAGUUUGCAUUCACCAGGAACGACCGCAAGAAGAAGAAGAGACGGUGCGUCAUUUUGUAG